UGCCGCCCUGUUCUCUUUCUGGUCGGGCCGGGCCCGGCCGGUUCCACGAGCGCCUGGCAGAGACUGAGGGAGAGAGAGAGAAAGAGGAGGGGAGGAGGAGGAUUCAGGGAAUAGGAGCUGGGGAGCCCUUCUGCGCCACAGAAAAUUUCCAAAGACUUGGUGAAGAUAGGAAAACUAUCAGAAAGGCAGUGGCACAAUUAUCCUGUAUUUGCUUUUUUGCUUAGCAGCUCAGUUGAGGGAAAACUCAGCUGAUCUCUAUUUCUUCAUUCUUCUUUGCUUCCUGUUUGCCAAUCAAGACUUGUAUUUGGAGAACUGUUUUGUACUGAGUCUGAAGUCAUCUUUGACCUGUAACAAGAGCAUGCAUUUUCAAGUGUCAGUUAGAUUUGUGGAUCAAUAAAGGUCUCCUGAAAGCCUAAGAAAAUAUCUCGGUAUUUUUUUCUCAGAAGAGAAGCAGGUAGUCACUUUGGUGACAUUGUCCAGUUCUCACAAUGUAUCAUUCCUUAUCUGAAACUAGACACCCUCUGCAGCCAGAAGAACAAGAAGUGGGCAUCGAUCCCUUGUCAAGUUACUCAAACAAGACUGGAGGAGAUUCAAAUAAAAAUGGAAGAAGAAGUUCUACUUUAGAUUCUGAUGGGACUUUUAAUUCCUAUAGGGAAGAAUGGGAAGAACUAUUUGUAAACAACAAUUACUUGGCAACAAUAAGGCAGAAGGGGAUUAAUGGGCAGCUGAGAAGCAGCAGGUUCCGCAGCAUUUGCUGGAAGCUAUUUCUUUGUGUCCUUCCUCAAGAUAAAAGUCAGUGGAUAAGUAGAAUUAAAGAAUUAAGAGCAUGGUAUAGCAACGUUAAAGAAAUACACAUCACAAACCCGAGGAAGGUUGUUGGCCAGCAAGAUUUGAUGAUCAAUAAUCCCCUUUCACAGGAUGAAGGGAGUCUUUGGAACAAAUUUUUUCAAGAUAAAGAACUGCGAUCAAUGAUUGAACAAGAUGUCAAAAGAACAGCACUCUGUGGAGCAAACAGGAGAUGGAAACAUCGGUUUCCUGAAAUGCAGUUUUUCCAACAAGAAAAUGUGAGAAAAAUUCUUACAGAUGUUCUUUUCUGUUAUGCUAGAGAAAACGAGCAGUUGCUUUAUAAACAGGGAAUGCAUGAGCUGUUAGCGCCUAUAGUCUUUAUCCUCCACUGUGACCACCAAGCUUUUCUUCAUGCCAGUGAGUCUGCCCAACCAAGUGAGGAAAUGAAAACUCUCUUGAACCCCGAGUAUCUGGAACAUGAUGCCUAUGCGAUGUUCUCACAACUUAUGGAAACUGCUGAACCUUGGUUUUCUACUUUUGAGCAUGAUGGUCAAAAGGGGAAAGAAACACUGAUGACUCCCAUUCCCUUUGCUAGACCACAGGAUUUAGGGCCAACAAUUGCUAUUGUUACUAAAGUCAACCAGAUCCAGGAUCAUCUACUGAAGAAGCAUGAUAUUGAGCUUUAUAUGCACUUGAACAGACUAGAAAUCGCACCACAGAUAUAUGGGUUACGGUGGGUCCGGCUCCUGUUUGGACGAGAGUUCCCACUGCAGGAUCUUCUGGUGGUCUGGGAUGCCUUGUUUGCAGAUGGCCUCAGCCUGAGUUUAGUUGAUUAUAUCUUCAUAGCCAUGUUGCUCUAUAUCCGAGAUGCUUUGAUCUCUAGUAACUACCAGACCUGUCUUGGCCUUCUGAUGCAUUACCCACUAAUUGGGGACGUACACUCACUGAUUCUCAAGGCUCUGUUCCUUCGAGAUCCAAAGAGAAAUCCAAGACCAGUGACUUACCAAUUCCAUCCAAAUUUAGAUUAUUACAAAGCACGCGGAGCAGACCUCAUGAAUAAAAGCCGAACCAAUGCCAAAGGUGCUCCCCUGAAUAUAAAUAAGGUCUCUAAUAGCCUGAUUAAUUUUGGAAGAAAGCUGAUUUCUCCAGCAAUGACCGCCCCAGGCAGUGCGGGCGGCCCUGUACCAGCAGGCGGUAGUGGCAGCUCGUCCCCUGCUGGGGUUCCUGCCGUGGUUCCCGCCGUGGUUCCCGCUGUGGUUCCCGCCAGGACCUUAGCAGAGGUCCCCAGGCAUCAUUUGCAGCAGCAGCAGCAAAGACUGAUGAAAUCAGAGAGCAUGCCCGUGCAGUUGAACAAAGGACAAAGUUCCAAAACCAUCAGUUCAUCCCCAAGCACUGAAAGUUUGCCUGGAGGAAGAGAAUUCACUGGCUCCCCACCUUCAUCUGCUACUAAAAAGGAUUCCUUUUUUAGCAACAUCUCCCGUUCCCGCUCACACAGCAAAACUAUGGGCAGAAAAGAAUCUGAAGAAGAAUUAGAAGCCCAAAUUUCCUUCCUUCAAGGACAGUUGAAUGACCUGGAUGCCAUGUGCAAAUACUGUGCAAAGGUGAUGGACACUCAUCUAGUAAAUAUUCAAGAUGUGAUAUUACAAGAAAAUUUGGAAAAAGAAGAUCAAAUUCUGGUUUCUCUGGCAGGAUUAAAACAGAUCAAAGACAUUCUAAAAGGUUCUCUGCGUUUCAACCAGAGUCAGCUGGAAGCUGAGGAGAAUGAGCAGAUCACCAUCUCAGAUGACCACUACUGCUCCAGUGGCCAAGGCCAAGGCCGGGGCCAGAGCGACGAAAUGCCUGGGGCCACCAAGCAGGCCUCUUCAGAAACACCAGGGCACGUGGACAGAGGAAGUACAGAUGACUUCAUCCUGGUCUCCAAAGACGACGAGGGGGGCAGCGCUAAGGGGUCCUUCUCAGGCCAGUCCCAGCCUCUUCGCACCCUCCGAAGCACCUCUGGGAGAAGCGAGCCCCUGGCCCGCUCUCCUCUCGUGUUCUCCGACCCUCUGAUGGGCCCUGCCUCGGCUUCCUCGAGCAACCCCAACUCCAGCCCCGACGAGGACAGCAGCAGCAACAGCAAGGACUCUGGCUUCACCAUUGUGAGCCCCCUGGACAUCUGACCACAGUGCCCCUGGCCUCCUUCGUGGGGACUCGCCACCCCCCUCAGCAGCCCCGGGGCCCGGCUGAGGCUUCCGCAGUGGGGACCCCUCUGAAACCAACACUUCUUGCCCAGCAUGCCUGUGGCCUUAGUGCAACCCGUCAGAACCCUCUAGAGAGAGGCAGAUGGCCACAGAGCACACAGACAGAUGUUCACCAAAAUGCAGACAGGGCUUUCAGGGCCCUAUCCCACCCCGCCUUUGCUCUGAGGUAGACCAGGGCUAAGUAUCCAGUAUCAUGUUCACUGUCAAAAAAAGACCAAAUCACAAUUAGAAUCAUUUUCCCUCUAUCCCCCUCUCCCCAACUAAGAAUUAGGUGUGGCAACUCCAUUAAUUAUAACUAGAAGAAGGAAGAAGAGUUGGUUUCAAAUCUUCCCUCCCUUGGAGCGUCAGGCAUAGGAAAAUUGAGAUCAAGAAGGCUUAUUCUCUGGAAAUCUCUCUCUCAGCCUGUUUCAUUCCUCCUUCCUUUGGGAAGCCAUACAGCAAAGCCAAAUACAACAGAAUGGACUAGAACUGGUGGAUUCCAGGGCUAGAAAAAACCCAUCACUGACCUCUCAGAAAGUUACAGUGAUCUUUAGAAACAGGGUCUAAACUUAGGUGUGAUGGGGUUUAGAUUUUUUCAUUUGUUAAAGAAUAUGUUUCCAAACCUCAGGCCAGACAGACUCUGGCCAUCACUGUCCCUCCUCAGACAACUGUAUUUCCCCCUUUAGAAUCCUUCACAACCAGAAAACAAAGGUCACAUUAAGCCAGUCUUUGCUGCACUGAUUUCAGAAGUCGUAAGAAUAUUACUUCUUGAACUGGAAAAUGUGACCCUGACUAUGGGACAGACAUCUCUCAGUUUUCUGGUGUAGUUUGUCUAGUUUUGGCGCUGGAAUACACCUGUCACCUGUCAAUUGAGAAGUAAAGGGAAAAACCCAAGCUCAUUCCCAUCCAGAGUCGGGACCUCCCAUUGGCCUUAAAGUAGCAGUAACAGGGAAUUCGACCUGGAGUCCAUUCUGGGGGAGCAGGGCUUCCCACAGAACACUCCAGACAUCAGGAAGACGCAGGACUUCUGCACAGCCCUUCCCUCGCCGGGAGCCAGGCAGAGGAGCUGCGGGGCCUGGGUUCAGUUGCGCACCGCGUCCCAGGCAUCACAGGACCAGCUCUGACCUGCCCGGUGCCUUCCUGGGCUUGGGCACACAAUAGAGAGUUCCCCUUUUCAGCUGGCAGCUUAUGGAAUCUUGCUGGGCAGAAAGCAUCACAUGAGCUGUUUCUCUCCUUAAGAAGAAAGGCCCCGAAAAGGACACUUUCCCUGUCCUUUGUGCAAGCAGGCAUUCUAACAGGAUAGCCACAGUGCCCAUUUCACCCUGCAGUGACAGGUGCUCGGGGCUUCUCCUCUGAGGACGGCAAGGCCUCUAGGCGGUGGAAGCUUUCACGUGAACCAGUGAAAAUCUAAGUUUGAAAGGCUAGACACCGUUUACAGUCCUUCCCACUGCUAACCCUGUAUUUCUCUACAGUGUGAUAAUGACCUGAUUUCCCACGUGCUCUCAGAAGAAAGCAGUGAUGACUCGGAGUCCACUACUGCAGAGAGGGUCCCAGUUAGCUCUGCAGUUUGUCCUCAGACUCUAGCAGGAGAACCUCUGAACACGUGAGCAUGGGCAAUGAAUACGAAGUCUGGUUUUGCUCAGGUGACAGGGUUGCUUGGCCUUCCAUGAUCACUCAAAGACAAGCUGCUGAGCUCUUCAGCUCCCCCAUGAAGUGGUCUGCUCAGCACCGCCUGGGGGUGACUCAUAGAGUAAGUUACUGCCCAGUGUGUGUCACCUUGACCACACUUCGCUCCCAAGGUUCCCAUACAGUGAAUGGCCUUGCAACUGCACACGGUUGCCAUGAUUUUCCCUCAGAGGACCUGGUUUGGGGCAUUGUCAGUGUUUUCAGUUCUCAGGUAAGAAGUGCGGAGCUAUCCUCGCCAGGGCUCCAAGACACAAAGUGGAAAGGGCCAUGGAGAUGGCUGUCCCAUGGCCGUGGGUCCUAGUCAUCUGCUUUUGACAGUUUCUUUGCCCUGAGAGCUAGAGUCCUGAUAGUCCAGUGGUGGGGGGGGCUCAGUACCCACCCAGUACAAGGCUCUAGGCUACUUCCCUGCAGUUGGCUGGGUGGUUAACGGUCCCUGAAAACUCCCAGCCCUCCAGCACACGAGGGGCAGGUCCUCCACUCUGUGCUUCCAUGUUGGUGCCACGUGAGAACCAAGGGGGUCUCUCAGAGGCGUUGCUUCUAUGGCCCCCAAUGAGCCGCUCCCUCCUCGGAGGAAAGAAACAUGAGGGGGAGUGGGAUGUGGGCAGUGCCACCCUCAAAUUCCCAUAGGUCCGUGGGGUUUGAGAAUUGUAUUACUCUCUUAAUCUUUUUAAGUGACUUUUUAUUCUCCAUAGUUGAGCAUCGUUUGCAUUUUUAUUAGUUACAGUGCUAUUAAAGAAUGUAUUCCUUUUUUAUUUUAUCAAGUACUCACGUUUAAGUGUUAAAAUCCUGAAUAUCUGAAACCUUUUUUGUUUUUCUUUAACAAUCAGUGGAGGCCUCUCAUGUUUUGAUUAUUAGCAGUUAAAUAUAUUUUAUAUAUAUAAAGCUUAGAUGAA